CCACGAAACCCCCUAGUCCCCACCACCGACGCGCCGUCGCCGAUUCCCCCUCCCGCCGGAUUUGUCGUCGUCCCUCGGGCUUGCCUCCGUUUCUGUGAAGGUUUUGAAAUCGGGUGGGGUCUGACUUGAUUGCCGUGAGAUGGCGACGACGCCGGGGUUCGCCGGUAAGAGGAGGAUUAGGAGCUUUAGGAAGGCCAGCAAGGAGAAGAGCGAAGAGGACAAGGAAAUCGUCAGUUACCGUCGCCACUGGGAAAACUGCUACGGCAAGUAUUUCGGUUCCUUCGAGGACACUACUGUUGUGCCACCCAUGCGCUAUACUUUUGGAUCCAUACCAACGUCUGUUACCAUGGAGCAAGGAUUGCAGAUAUUUUCCAUUAAAGUUGCCCAGCUCAAAGAAGAAGAAGGUCUCCACUGGCCACUGCACGUAUAUGGCUUGAUCGCUAUCAGGGACUCUCUAGAUCCUAGACGGAACAUUCUUUUCCACCGUGCUAGGGAUAACUGCCAAACCAUAACUGAAGAGGAUCCGCAUUUGCUGUUAACGGGCCCAUCUCGUGCAGUUGUGAUAAUUGAUCCAGUUUCAUUUGAAGUUCAAGUGAAAGCAAAGGGUGAAAGUGAGUCUGAAGAUAAAGUGCUUGUGUCUGAUGUCUUGACUACCCAGCAUGCUGUUAGUCAUAUGGGGCAUCCUCCUCCCAUAAAUACAAGUUAUUUAUGGGGAAAACGCAGCACACUUGGGUUUUCAUUUGCUGUUCUUGCUCAAACAGUUGAGGCCACUAUAUGCGUUGAAGUCCUUGAGAGGUCAUGGCCAGAAAAUGUCCCUGGAAAAAUCACUGCCUGCACGACUAGUCUACCUGACAUGAAAAUCUCACUUCUAGAUUACCGAGGUGAAAGAGUUCCUAUCAAUAAUUCUGGUGUGAUUAUGCUUUCAAGACAGGUUGUUUCUGUGGAAUUAAGUGAAAAACUGAAAGUUGAAGUGGAGGCUAGAUAUGGUGGUGAACUUGUCAAAGGUUAUGUAUCUUUGAUACCUAAAAAGGCCACCAUAAGCUUUCAGAGGUGUGAUAUGUUCUUCUGUAAGCUGGGCAUCACCGUUGGAUGGUCCCUCUUCACAGAGUCACCCAAUUCGGAUCCUGCUGUAGUCAAGCACUAUGCUGCAGCAGCAACUAUUAAAGUCUAGCACUAUGCUCCAGAUUCUAGUAGUCUGUUCGGUUUUAACUUGUCUA